AUGUUCUCGUGGAUCCAAAAUUGUGGCACAUCUGAGCACAGGACCGGGCCAGAGACCCCACUGCAGGGCCCCAAGCAACACUGCUGGUUCAUAUGGGAUCCCCUGGGCAUCAUAUGUGCCAUAGCCACGUGGGCGCUGGUGCUGAGCGCUGCGUGGGUACUGGUCCGGGACCUGCUCAUCCCAUCCAACAACGUGCUCUACGCCGUGGCCAACGGUGUGAGCUUCCAUCUGCUGGCCUCCUUGGCGCUCGUGUCACACCUACAGACUAUGCUGACUGACCCAGGCUCCGUGCCACUGGGAAACCCGCUCGGGCCUGACGCGGUGUCUUUCUGUUGCUUUUGCCUCUGUGCCAUACCGGAGAGAGCUUACCACUGUACAGUGUGCAGACGCUGCAUCCGCAAGAGCGACCACCACUGCCCCUGGGUUAACAACUGCGUGGGUGAGGACAACCAGAAGUACUUCUUGCUCUUUACGCUGUACAUUGGGCUUAUCUCAACCCAAGUGCUGCUCCUGCUGUGCGUUCCUGUCCUGUACAGCUAUGCCCGAGGUGAGUGGGAUGCCAGCAGCACCGUGUCCCUACCUAGCCCCAUCCUCUUCCUUUUCCUAGUGGCAUUGAUGGGCUUCCUCUUAGCCUUGGUGAUGUUCUGCAGCCAAAUGUGUGCCAUCUACACAGACAAAACCACAACUGAGCUUCUGUACCAGAACACACACUCACGGGGCAGACGGUCCAUGUGGGCAAACAUGAAGGCCGUUUGUGGCCCCCGCAUCUCCCUGACCUGGCUCAGUCCCUUUCACUCUCCAGAGCAUCACAAAGCUCAUGAGCGCCACAAUACGGCCUAA